AUGUCUUCUGAGAAAGUCCCCACCCAUGAUGAUAGUGUAGUCGACCGCAAGAGUCCGUGUACGGAGCUGCUAUAUGCCACCAUCCCCAACCGGACUACGCGGUAUGAUGAGCAGAGUCCACCGCAUGAAUCCCCUCGCGGGUUCUCCCUCAAAGUUGCGGAACACCUUUUCACCAAUAUGGCAACCCCCGCAUACAGCGCUGGUGAAGAUUGGUCCUUCUUUGUGCACCCGGAAGGCAAAGGCUAUUGGAUAAAGCUCAUUCAGGGCGUCCCCGUCAUUUCGGAGCUCAAUAUGAAAGAGCUUUGCAACAAAGAAGCAGCUCAGAUGUGGGCGGCUUUCAUAUUGAAGCUAGCUGGCGAACGGGAUCUUAAGCUGAGCGUGUCUACCGAGCUGUGGAUGUCGUUCGAAGUCGACACAUGCGUCUGCGACUACUACUUCGCGGACCACAACAGCCGGGCGAUCUUUUGGCUUGAGACUGUCGAUACGGACGUCGUCGGACUGCCAAGCGCGUACUCGGAACGGCAUCUGGCUUUUGCGCUCGCUUCCAAUUACUGGAAGCACGUUGAGAUGUUCUGUAUGCACCUCGUCGAUAACGCGCCGGGGGAGAAGCACUUGAUAGAGCUCACCUUCAUCAUCGUCCAUGCACGGGCGGAUAUGGCCACUUCUGACUCCUCGACGUGGCCUUUCACUGCAGAGGUGACGGACGUGUACCUCGACCUUCUGAGGCGGUGCCGAGAACUCCCGUACCACCCAGUUAUGUACGCCUUCGUUGGGAGGCUGUGGGUCUUCGUCUCCGACUACAGGUUUACCAAUUUCCAUGGGGAGGAAGUUCCUCGUCUGGAUGUCACCAGCAGUGUCCUGGAGCAUACGGACGAAGAACCAUCCAUCCUGUUCCAGCUCAUGUCUGCGGUGCUACUCUUUGGACAACCUGAGGCUGUUCGGCGAGAGCUGAGUGUGCAGCUAGUGGAUGGACUAGUCGUGGACAGGGUUUGGACGGCAUUCAUAUCCGAUAAGAUUAAAGAAUGGAGGAAGCUCAUGCAGUGGACUCUUGUUCUUGUCCUAGCUAGCGCCGCAGCCACCGCAGUGUCUCCUAUUCCAAUCAUCACGUAUACCUCGCUCGCAGUGUCGUCUGUAUGCCUGUUGCUGUGCGCUCUUCUCCCGCAACGCCUGCAGGGCAUUGCAAAGGACAUCGACGGAACGUGUGAAUUCCUCGCUGGCCAGAAUGGCAGGAUGGUCCCACUCGCGAUCGUCUUCAGCCUCCCGCGUGCGGCCUUCAUCUGGUCAUUGAUCCUCCUCGCAGCCCAGGCAAUGAUAAUCCUGUUCACCUCCGUCCCACUUCCCGCCGGGAUUACGAUAUGCGUCGUGACUGGACUACUCGCGCUAUACCUCGCUUGGAUCAUGUAUCCGGUGCAACGCCUCGCCCUGUACCACAAGAUCACCGAGUUCAGGCUCCCUAGGCUCUGUUUCUGGCGUCGUACUACGCCCAAGAUUCCAGAUGUGGAGGCUGGCUUCUGCAACGAUCUUGUCCAACUUGAUUGA